UCCCAGGAGCUUCUGGGAAAUGGAGUCUAAGCUGACUGAAAAAGUAACGGCUGGGUUACCUUUGAGACUCCAUUCCCCAGCAAGCUCAGUGUGCAGCGUGUGCUAUGGAGCCGCAUGUCGCCGAGCUGAAGCAGCAGAUCGAGGACACACUGUGUCCUUUUGGCUUCGAGGUUUACCCCUUCCAGGUGGCAUGGUACAAUGAGCUCCUGCCUCCAGCCUUCCACCUGCCCCUUCCAGGACCUACCCUGGCCUUCCUAGUACUCAGCACACCUGCCAUGUUUGACCGAGCCCUCAAGCCCUUCCUGCAGAGCCACUACCUCCAACCACUGACUGACCCAGUGGAUCAAUGUGUGGGCUACCACUUGAGGCGUGUUACAGAGAGGUUCCCAGAGCUGCAGAUGGAAGUCAUUGCAGACUAUGAAGUACAUCCCAACCGGCGUCCUAAGAUUCUGGCCCAGACAGCAGCCCAUGUGGCAGGGGCUGCUUACUACUACCAGCGACGAGAUGUGGAAGAUGACCCUUGGGGAACUCAGCAUAUAGCAGGUGUAUGCAUCCACCCCCGAUUUGGGGGCUGGUUUGCCAUCCGAGGUGUGGUGUUGCUGCCAGGGAUUACAGUGCCAGAUUUGCCACACAGAAAGCCUCCUGACUGUGUACCUACAAGAGCUGACCGCAUAACUCUGCUUGAAGGCUUCAAUUUCCACUGGCGUGACUGGACUUACAGGGAUGCUGUGACCCCUCAGGAACGUUAUUCAGAAGAACAGAAGGCCUACUUUUCUACCCCUCCUGCUGAGCGGUUGGCCCUAUUAGGCUUGGGUCAGCCCUCAGAGGAGCCUAACACUACAUUGCCUAAUCAUCCUUUUCCUAUGCUCACAAAGCCUCAGAAUCCCAGCAGAGUGCGCAGCUGGCUCAGGCCCAGUGUCUCACCACCCAUGUCCCCUGUUCCUUGAUAUCAUCCUUCUCUGUGGGAUCCCAUUUAUGGUGGUACUUGCUAGAGCUUUACUAGCUUUAGUGAAACUAGAGAUUUUAUUGUGGGGACAGUAUGGCUAUUUUUGAUAAUACAGUAGAGAUCUUCAAUGAGAGUAAGGCUCAACUUAAAGUUGGCUUUGAUCAAGAUAAAUCCAGAAAUCCCCAAUUUGCCUUGGAAUUUAAGACUGACAGUUACCAUUCCUAUUAAGUGGUCCAAGGUACUACUUGUUACAGGGCGUUAUGGGCAACCACUCCCUAAGUAGUUACUAAUAAACACGUGAAGCACUUUGAAAGUGCUUGAUAUUGUUGCUUAAUUAAUGAUGGCCCUAGGAAUCCAGUGUGACUGCUCAUAGUUCCAGUUUGAAUCACAAGGGGGGCUGACAGGUGUUAAAAGGUACCUUUGAUACAUACAUAAAUCUUCCUCAAGAACCCAAAAGAAACUUCACUUUACCCUGCUGAAAAUCCCAAGACAGUAUGAAUAACUAAAACAGUACUAUCUUCUAAUGGCUAGUAUGCGACAUGACAAGUGAGUUGUAUUGUACACCCUACCCAAAGUAACUAUACUUGUUUGUCUUCCUUUCUGUUCCAAAGGGAUAAAACCUUCAAUUCUUGUCUUUUUUGAGGCAAAGAUGUAAAACAAGCUGGCCCCAAAUCUGAAAUGUUACUUCUACCUCUGGAGUGUUAGGAUUAGAGGCAUGCAAUGCCACUCCUGUUCGUUUCAAUUUUCUUUUACAGAACAUGCAUUUAUCCUAAGCAACUAAGCUGCUGGCCCCAUGCAGCCCUUCCACUACUGUAAACAUGGGAGUUUAUUCGAUGUCACAUGGAACUUACAACCCACCUACUCAUUCAAAUUUCAGUGUCCUAGUCAACACCAUAAUAAGCUUUUCUUACCCUGCAUGUACUGAAACAUACCACUUUAGUAUGUUUGUAUAGGUAGGUAGGUUU